AUGAGGAAAAUUAUAUUAAUUCUUUAUCUUACUUUAGUAAAACUUUAUUUUUGUUUUAAAAACUUGUCACAUAAACAGUCACUAAAUAUUGUAUCAAAAAGGGGAAACUCAAUUGGUAGAUCUUCGCAAAAAUUAUACGAGUCAAAAAGCAUAGAUUUAGCAAACGACAUCAAGGAAAAUGACUUAAUCCCAAAUGUAAAAGUUAUGAUUGAUGUAAAAAACAUAAAUAACAUAACACAAGUGGAUGAAAAAGAUGAUUUUAAAGCUAUUAAUACGCAUGAAUUAUUUAAAAAUAAGAAAAUUUUAUUAAUAAGUUUACCAGGAGCAUUUACACCUACUUGUUCAUCUAAAAUGAUACCACAAUAUGAAAAGGAAUAUGAUUAUUUUAUUAAGGAAAAUAAAUUUGAUGACAUUUAUUGUAUUACCAAUAAUGAUAUAUUUGUAUUAAAGAGUUGGUUUAAAAAUAUGAACAUAAAAAAUAUAAAAUAUAUUAGUGAUGGCAAUAGCUCAUUCACUGAAAGUAUGAACAUGCUUGUAGAUAAGUCUAAUUUUUUUAUGGGCAUGAGACCUUGGAGAUUUGUUGCUAUAGUUGAAAACAAUAUUUUAAUAAAAAUGUUUCAAGAAAAUGAUAAACAGCAUAAUAUACAGACGGAUCCAUAUGAAACAUCAUCUGCUGACAAUGUUAAGGAAUUUUUAAGAAACAAUCAGCUCUAA